AUGGCAUCAUCUACCAUCUCGCGGGAGGACUCCUCGAAAGUGCAUGAAAGCUCUCCAGAGCCCAUGGCAGGGGACUUACCUGUCGACAGGAUCACUACCUUCAAUGGCAAACUGAAUCGAUUCCUCCUCUCAAGCAGCACAGCCACACGGUCGACCAGCAGGCCGACUCGUCCAUCCAAGAUAGAACGGGGUGCUCCAGAAGUUAAACGAGAAUUACCAACCAGUGACCUCGACCAUGCGGCCCUCAAUGGGCAUAGAGCUCGCAGUGUUACUGCCAGUCCCAAGAGGCAAAAAGUGGACGGCACUAUCUCCGCGAGUAUCGCCCAACCGCCGCGCCUUACUCGCAGCCGCUCCUCAACAUCCAUAUCCCAGUCCUCAUCAUCAACAACAAGAACAACAACAACAACAUCCUCUCCCAAAAAGUCACCUCGCCGGCGAAAAUCUCCGCCAACCCACACGCCCACCGCUUCAGACUCCCUGCUCCGUGACACCAUCCCCCCAAACCUCACGCUCCUUCUAGUAGGCGUAAACCCAGGCCUCCUAACCGGCACAACGGGCUUCGCCUAUGCCCACCCAUCGAACCUCUUCUGGAAACUCCUCUACUCCUCCGGCAUCACCUCCAUCCGACACCCACCGUCGGACACAUACAAGCUGCCCGCCCUCUACAGCGUGGGCAACACCAAUAUCGUGGAGCGGCCUUCACGGGACGCCAGCAUGCUCAGCAAAGCCGAGAUGGACGCGGGCGUGCCCGUCCUCGAAGCCAAGGUCGCCGCACAGCGGCCGGAGGCCGUGUGCCUUGUGGGGAAGAGCAUUUGGGAGGCUGUGUGGCGGGUGCGGCAUGGGCGGGCAAUUCGCAAGGAAGAGUUCCGGUAUGGAUGGCAGGACGAGGCGGAGAAUAUGGGGUGUACGGCGGAGAGUGAUUGGGGCGGGGCACCGGUGUUUGUGGCAACGACGACAAGUGGGCUUGCGGCAGGGAUGAGUAUUGCAGAAAAGGAGGCUGUUUGGGCGGAGUUGGGAGCUUGGGUCAUCAAGAGGAGGGCGGAGAGGGGAUUCGUUGCUUCUGGCGGAUAA